AUGGGGAAAAUUCUAGUAUGUUUCUUCUUCUUAUUUUUCAUCUCCAUCCAGAAGAUAAACUCUAUUCUUAUAUUUAGGAAUUAUAAUAUAGAAGUUUUGAAUCAUCUUGGAGGUAAAAAAGAACUAAAGAUCAAUUGUGUAUCUGGUAAUCGAGAGACUAAAAUUGAUUUUCUUCCCUCCAAUGUUAAAAUGUCACUCAAACUCACGGUUUUCCCAAAAACUUUGAUAUGGUGCAAUUUAUGGAAGGGUCCUGAUUUUGUGCAAUAUGCAAAGAUUGACGCAUUUAUCGGAAAAGAAAGGUUUAUACAUGAUGUAUGUGGGGGUAGAAAGCCUAACGUAUGUUUCUGGCGAGCGCAAGAAGAUGGAAUAUAUGUUCGAAAUAAUGCAGCCGGAACUUUUAAGUUUAUGUAUAAAUGGGGUUGA